AUGGUCCAUAACAAUAACUCCCCUCGGUCCACGUCCGCUCCAGCAACGGCUGCUUCGGUUGACUCCACUCGACCACGCCUCAGUAAGGAGGAAGUUUCGAAGAAGUUCGCCUCUCUCUACGUCCAAAUUAGAAGAACUGGCGUGUUUGUGGAACAACGGUCCAGUGCUACCUCAAUCAAAAUAUGAACUUGCGUAUACUUUGAAAGUGAGAAACCAUACGGAGUUCCCUCUACCAGCGCAAGAACUCAUACACUCAAAUGUGUGGCCCGCUGCUGACAAUGAUACACAUAAAGAUCGGCUCGAAUUGCAUAAUUCCCUUACUAAAGUCGGUAAUUUGAUAGAGGACUUCAACGCUGUGUUGGUAGCAGAGCAUAAUCAAGAAUUGGUAUCCAUGGUGUUCCGUGAAUCAGGAAUGGGACAAGUGAUGGCAGAUUGGAUAACAUUCUAUGGAGUUUUGACCGGAUCUCAAGGGAGGAACAAGGAUAAGAAUGUGUGA